GAAGAAAGCAUUUAAUUUCAAACUAUAAAUACGUAGCGGGACUAGGGUUUGUUCUGUUUUGUUUUGGUUUGUUUUGUUGUCUCGUGUUUCUUCUUAUGAGAAAAGAAACCUCUAGAAUCUUUACAAAGAAAGAAAAAGAAGAUGGUGAGACCGAGGUGUUUCUUGGACAUAAGUAUUGGAGGAGAACUCGAGGGGAGAAUCAUUGUGGAGCUCUACAACGAUGUUGUUCCGAAAACGGCUGAAAACUUCAGGGCACUUUGUACUGGUGAGAAGGGCAUUGGCCCUAACACGUCUGUUCCUCUCCAUUUCAAGGGAGUCUGUUUUCAUCGUGUCAUUAAAGGGUUUAUGAUACAAGGAGGAGACAUUUCUGCUGGAGAUGGCACUGGUGGAGAAUCAAUCUAUGGGUUAAAGUUUGAAGAUGAGAAUUUCGAAUUGAAACAUGAACGAAAAGGAAUGUUAUCUAUGGCUAAUGCUGGCUCUAACACAAAUGGGUCUCAGUUCUUCAUCACAACAACUCGUACGUCUCACUUAGAUGGGAAACACAUUGUGUUUGGGAAGGUAGUUAAAGGAAUGGGGGUUGUUCGUUCAAUUGAGCAUGUCACAACUGGUGAAAAUGAUCGCCCCACUGUUGAUGUUGUAAUUACUGAUUGCGGAGAGAUUCCUGAGGGGGCUGAUGAUGGGAUAUCUAAUUUUUUCAAAGAUGGUGAUAUUUAUCCUGAUUGGCCAGCUGACCUUGAUAAGAGUCCCAAUGAACUUUCUUGGUGGAUGGAUGCCGUUGACUCUAUUAAAGCUUUUGGAAAUGAACAUUACAAGAAACAAGACUAUAAGAUGGCUCUUAGAAAGUACCGGAAGGCUUUGCGUUAUUUGGAUAUCUGCUGGGAGAAAGAAGGAAUUGAUGAAGAGAAGAGUUCAUCUUUAAGAAAGACAAAGUCACAGAUCUUCACAAACAGCUCUGCUUGUAAACUGAAAAUGGGAGAUCUUAAAGGGGCAUUAUUGGAUACAGAGUUUGCAAUGCGUGAUGGAGAUAACAAUGUGAAAGCUUUGUUUCGUCAAGGUCAGGCAUACAUGGCCCUUAACGAUGUUGAUGCGGCUGUUGAAAGCUUUGAGAAGGCACUGAAAUUGGAGCCAAAUGAUGGUGGAAUAAAGAAGGAACUUGCUGUUGCUAAGAAGAAGAUUCAUGAUAGACGUGAGCAGGAGAAAAGGCAAUAUCGCAAGAUGUUUCAAUAGCACUUUGGCCAUUAACUGGUUUUUGUUUUGCUGCAAAUUCAACUGUACAAAUUUGAGGCUUGAACCAAUUCUUAAUAGAGUCAUUAUACAAAUUUAUUUUGAACUGCAGCUUUUAGUAAAAUAUAGAAUCUUCAGAAGCUGUUGAACUUUAACUGCAUUACAUUUCAAUUUGUUCCAUUUGAAGUUGGCCAUAAAACAGACAAUUUUGACUUGGAUCUA